UAUACAUAUGGAUCGAGUAGCCAGAAUUGAACCUGAUCGAAUAAGCAAGCUUAAUUAAUUAAGCUGCCUCUGCUCAUUGAUCAGCGAUCACCUCCAGCUAUAUCUCCAAUCCAAUGGCAGUCUCACCGGAAUCCAGGUCCGAAAAGCCGAUCGACUUCCGGGCGCCACCGCCAUCGCCGAUUGCCUCCGGUCGCCGAUCGUGCGUCACGAACGACGACGUUCUCACCGAAUUCCUCGAACAAUCCCUCCGAGUGCCCGACCUUAUCUUGCCCGAUCGCGUUUUCCCUCGACAGCGGUCCGCCGAAACGCCCCCGAAAAUCGACCUCGAAUCGCUAGAGUCGCCGGAGAAUGACUCCGUCUCCAGUAUUUUGGAAUCGGUUUCCAUAAUUGGGUGUUUCCAGCUGAUCAACCACGGGAUUCCGCAGGAUUUGAUUCGAUCGGUGUCGGCCGCCUCCGCGGGGAUUUUCCGGGUGCCGCCGGAAAAGAAGAAGACGGUGUCGAGGUCGCCGGAAAAUCCGUAUGGGUUCGAGGAAAUUCACGGCGACGAGGAGGGUGAGGAGAGCGAAGAGUUCGUCUGGGGCAGAGAUGAAGGGUUGAAGUUGGAGAUGGAGGGAAUAUGGCCGAUGGGAUAUUCAAAUUUCAGUGACAAAAUGGAAUGCCUUUCCCUAGAAAUAGAGAAGGUUGCUGAGAAAAUUUUAAAGAUUUUAGGGGAAAAUUCUCGUAGAAAAUUAUCAUAUGGGUGUGACUCGAUACAAGAACAGGAAGAGCACCUAAGCUCCAUCUGCUAUCUUUACAAGCACUGUCAUAAAAUUUCAAAUGAUGUUUGGGUAAGCUCCCUGAGAUAUGACGUGAUCAGAAUGUUGAUAAGCGGAUCUGAUUUCUCCCACGCCUUAUGCCUGCAUGUGUGUGAGGGGUCUUCGGAGUUUCAUGUCUACUCCAAGAAAGGUUGGAUCUCCUUCUCCCCAGAAAAAGAUGCCAUAAUUAUCACUGUCGGAGAUCAAAUCCAGGCAUGGAUUGGUGGGAAAUCCAAGCAUGUACUAGGAAGGCCCAUUUACAGAGGGGAGGAGGAGAGCAUAUCAAUGGCUUUCCUCUGUUCUUCUUCCCCACCUCCUCCCCCUCCCAUCAUUUACAGCAUCAGCAGUAAUCCCAACAGCAGCAGCAGCAGCAGCAGCUGCCAAAAGGCCCAAAACGACAAUGAAAAGACCGUUUCGCUUGCCCAACAGGCCAUACUGGCUCUACUCUUCAUUCUCUUUUACCAUUUCUCUGUCUACAUUUACAAGAAGUUAUAGAUCAUCAGUUUUUCCU